CUGCGCGAGCUCGCCAGGGGAUGGGGCGGUUUGGCGCCUCGCGCUGGAGAGGAAAUGAGAGUUUAUUUUUAAAUCUUGUUAGUGAGGGUGAGAAAAUAACUUCGAUAUUCAUCAGCAAACUGUUAAUGUGCAGAUAUACUGAGGGGGAAACCUUUCCUAUCCAUGUCCUUGUCCAAAUGAUAUUGGCACUCGGGGUUAACAGGACACCAGGAUGAGAAAUCCAAGGAUUUUGAGUGACGUGAGAGGAGAAAUUGUGGGGGAACUGGCCAUAACAAAGAACCGAAACGUCAGCUUUCUUGCUCCUCUGAUGCUGCUUGGCCUGCUGUGUUCAUCCAGCUCUACACUUUGUUAUCUCACAGUCUCCCCUGGACUCCGGAGGAAGUGCUCGGAGACUGGAGAUUGACAACGUUACGGGCUUGUUCCAAAAAGGAUUGUAAGUCGUAAUCUACAUCCAAAGUGAACAAUGAGGUGAGAAAAAAAUCCAUCUAGAGGAAAAUGGGGAUUGUUGAAUGAAGAAUAACAGCAGGUUAACCAGCACAGGAUUUUGGGAGUACCAACCUGAGAAUCCUUCAACGGGCUUUCAGAGAUAAACAAUUGAGAAAGGUCAAGUUAACGAUCCGUGACUGUCAUUUUGUCUUCGGUUUUUCUGGUGGUCAACUCAAUAUUGCGACAUGGUGAUGACCGGGAAUCAACCCAGGUUAACUGCUUGGAAGGCAGCUAUAUUCACCACUUUACCGCCAUCAUUCAUCAGUUUACUGCUGGGUGUUCAUUCAAGAAGCAGCUGGAGAUGGUUAGACCUAGGACAUUCCCUGAGGGACUCUUGCAGAGAUGUCCUGGAGCUGAGAUUAGUGACACUAACAACGACCGUCUUCCUUCUUGCUCAUUCUUACUGCAACCAGCAGAGAGUUUUCUCUGGAUUCUCCAUAAGUAUGAGGUGUUGCACUUUGGAAAGUCAAACCAAGUUAAUUUGCUGGCAAUUGCAAUCCUUUCCCAAGGAAAGUACGGUGUUUCCCGUUGCACUACUCGCUACCUGGUGGUUAUGGCAGCUGCCGAUAUGAUGGUCACUAUCACUGAUAUUAUACUGUGGAGAUUUUGCUUUUAUUAUUACCCGCAGUCUUUCCUGGACAUCACUUACGUGUGUAGUGUUAAUGGGGCCAUGCACCAUGCAGCCUGGGCCUGCUCUGUCUGGUUCACCGUCACUUUCUCCUUUGACCAAUUUGUGACCAUUUGUUGUCAGAAGCUAAAAACAAAAUAUUGCACUGAGAAAACUGCGACUGUGGUUCUAGCAACAACCUGCACCCUGCUCUGUUUGAAAAACAUCCCCUUCUGCUUUCAAUAUGAGCCUGAGACGAUAAUCAACAAUGUACCAUAUUACUGCAUAACAAUGUCAAGCUACUAUAGUGAGCCUUGGUGGGUGGCAUUAGAUUGGCUUGAUACAGUUGUAACCCCUUUACUGCCAUUCACUUUAAUUCUAUUGCUCAAUGCUCUGACGGUCAGUCACAUUUUAGUGAGCAGUCGAGUCCGGAAGAGGCUGAAGGGUGAGAGCAAAGAAGAGAAUCACAGAGACCCAGAGAUGGAGAGCAGAAGGAAGUCUGUGAUUUUGCUCCUUACCAUCUCUGGGAGCUUUAUCCUCCUGUGGUUAAUCUAUGUUGUAAAUUUCUUAUGUUAUUUGAGAUAUGGAGCCUACCAAUUAUGCAUCUUUUCUAUAUAACUUCAAAAGAAUUAGGUUUAUGCGACAGAAUGUAAGUUGUUGCACAAACACAUUUAUUUAUGCAGCAACAUUGUCUAGGUUUAAAGCGAA